AUGAGCACAGAACAAAAAGAAAUUCCACCAAAAGUUGAUGUACCAGCUAAAGCUGAAGAAGAGGAAGAGGAUUCAGAUGAUGAAGAAACCACACCAACUACUGAUGGUUCAGCACCAGCAGCAACAGGCGAUAAAAAAAAGAAAAAGAAAAAUAAGAAGAAGAAGAAGGCAGCAGCACCAGCAGUAGCAGCAUCGAUGAACGAUCUUUUUGAAGGUAAAUCAAUUCCAUCAGGUUUAGUCCAAACUAAUCCACCAACUAUUCCAGUUUCUAAAAUGUAUUCAAAUGGUGUUUUCCCAAUGGAAGAAUUAAGAGAACAGGAAAGAUUACAAGCAAAUAUUUAUAAUGAUGUACGUCGUGGUGCCCAAGCACAUCGUGAUGUUAGAAAGUAUGUCAAUUCAUUUAUUAAACCAGGUAUUUCAUUAAUGGAAUUAGUUACAAAAUUAGAAGAUGCCAGUAAAACAUUGGUUGGAGCAGACGGAUUAAAAGCUGGUUGGGGUUUCCCAACUGGUGUUUCAAUUAAUCACAUCGCAGCACAUUUCACUCCAAACACAGGUGAUAAAACUAUUUUAAAACAAGAUGAUGUUUUAAAGAUAGAUUUUGGUACACACGUAAAUGGUUAUAUUAUUGAUUCAGCUUUCACUGUUACUUUUGACCCCAAAUACGACACAUUAAAAGAGGCUGUUCGUGAAGCCACCAACACUGGUAUUAUGCAUGCCGGUAUUGAUGCUCGUAUAGGUGAAAUUGGUGCAUACAUUCAAGAAACUAUGGAGUCUUAUGAAAUCGAAUUAAAUGGCAAAGUUUAUCCAAUUAAAUCAAUUCGUAAUCUUAAUGGUCACUCAAUUAGACCAUACGUUAUUCAUGGUGGUAAGACCGUACCAAUCGUUAGAGGUGGUGAAAUGACAAGAAUGGAAGAAGGUGAAUUUUAUGCAAUUGAAACUUUUGGUUCAACCGGUAGAGGUCAUGUAGUUGAAGAUUUAGAAUGUUCGCAUUACAUGAGAAAUGAAGAAUAUCCAUCCAACGUUAGACUUCCAAAAUCAAAACAAUUAUUACAAUUUAUCAAUAAAAACUAUGGUAGUCUUGCUUUUUGUCGUAGAUGGUUAGAUCAAGCUGGUGAAGAUAAACAUAUUUUAGCAUUAAAGAAUCUUUGCGACCUUGGUGUUGUCUUACCAUGCCCACCAUUAGUUGAUGUUAAAGGCUCUUAUAUCGCUCAAUAUGAACAUACCCUUUUAUUAAGACCAACUGCUAAAGAAGUUUUAUCAAGAGGUGAUGAUUAUUAA